CCCGUCCGCUCCUCCGCUUCCCCCCUUUCUCUUUUCUCUCCCCCGCUCGCUCUCGCGCCCCGCCCGAUCCGCCUCACCGCGCCGCCGGUCCAGCCGCCGCCAUGUCGCUCCGCGUGCUGAACCCCAACGCGGAGGUGCUCAACAAGUCGGCGGCGCUGCACAUGAACAUCAACGCCGCCAAGGGCCUCCAGGACGUGCUCCGGACCAACCUCGGCCCCAAGGGCACCAUCAAGAUGCUUGUGGGUGGAGCUGGUGACAUUAAGCUGACCAAAGAUGGCAACACCCUCUUGAAAGAAAUGCAAAUCCAGAACCCGACGGCAAUCAUGAUUGCAAGGACCGCGGUGGCGCAGGAUGACACUAGCGGGGAUGGCACUACGUCCACUGUACUUUUCAUUGGGGAGCUUAUGAAGCAGUCUGAGCGAUGCAUCGAAGAAGGUACUCAUCCACGGUUUUUGGUCGAUGGCUUUGAGGUGGCCAAGAGAGCAACUCUUGAAUUCCUUGAGAAAUUCAAGACACCAGUUGUAAUGGGUGAUGAACCUGACAGAGAGAUGUUAAAAAUGGUAGCAAGAACAACUCUUAGGACAAAGUUGUAUGAAGGAUUGGCUGAUCAGUUGACUGACAUCGUUUUAAACGCGGUCCUUUGUGUCCGUCAAAAGGAUGAACCAAUUGAUCUUUUUAUGGUGGAAAUAAUGCACAUGCGCCAUAAAUUUGAUGUCGAUACACAUCUGAUUGAGGGUUUGGUGCUCGACCAUGGUUCUCGGCACCCUGACAUGAAGCGCAGGGCAGAAAACUGUUACAUCUUGACUGCUAAUGUCUCACUGGAGUAUGAGAAAAGUGAAAUAAAUGCAGGAUUCUUCUACUCGAACGCAGAACAGAGAGAAAAGAUGGUUUCUGCAGAGAGACGCCAAGUUGAUGAGCGUGUCAAGAAGAUUAUUGAAUUGAAAAAUAAGGUUUGCUCAGGAACUGACAAGAAUUUUGUGGUGAUCAAUCAAAAGGGCAUUGAUCCUCCAUCCCUUGAUCUCCUAGCUAGAGCAGGGAUUAUUGCUCUCCGAAGAGCAAAGAGGAGGAACAUGGAAAGACUUGUGUUAGCGUGUGGUGGUGAAGCCAUUAAUUCAGUUGAUGACUUGACUGAAGAUUGUCUUGGCUGGGCUGGGCUUGUCUAUGAGCAUGUUCUUGGAGAAGAAAAGUACACGUUUGUGGAGAAUGUAAAAAAUCCUCACUCGUGUACUAUUCUGAUUAAAGGACCUAAUGACCAUACCAUUGCACAAAUUAAGGAUGCUGUCCGAGAUGGUCUAAGAUCUGUUAAGAAUACAGUUGAGGAUGAAGCAGUCGUGCUGGGUGCUGGAGCAUUUGAGAUGGCUGCAAAGAAGCAUCUUAUGGACAACGUGAAGAAAACCGUUAAAGGACGAGCACAACUUGGGGUGGCUGCUUUUGCCGAUGCUCUACUAGUUAUACCCAAGACGCUAGCAGAGAAUUCAGGUUUAGACACCCAAGAUGUUAUUGUGGCUCUUGAGAAUGAGCAUGACCGUGGAUUGGUCGUGGGGUUGAACCAUCACUCUGGGGAACCAGUCGAUCCCCAGAUGGAAGGCAUCUUUGACAAUUACUCUGUGAAGCGCCAAAUCAUCAAUUCCGGACCCAUCAUUGCCUCGCAGCUAUUGCUUGUGGAUGAAGUGAUUAGGGCAGGUCGCAACAUGAGGAAACCAACCUAAUACUUUGUUUCCUUGCGAAGACAUUUUGUUUGGUUAUUUUGCUCUCAUAUAUCCCUAGAUUGUGCUGAGUAGUGACGUAGGGUGGAAUGCUUUUGGUUCUUGUUUUGCCCCGUGACUGAAAGAUAUUGUACUUGUAAUCUGUGACUGUAUUCCCUUCUGGUGAUCUGGUUGGUGGUUUCUACGCACAUGUUGUUAUGUGGAUUGUUCAGUGCCAAAUUAAGCUGAGGAGCUAUUCUUUUGUGUCUGGCGAUCA